AUGGGGCAAAAGAAAGCAUUCCUGUCUGGCGUCGAUACGCCCCUGGAAGGAGGCUCCCGUCCCUGUGUCGUCACCAUUGGGAAGUUUGUCACCAUUUGGCGACAAAGAGCCGAGCGCGGAGGAGCCCUUCGUCCCCUGUCGGCCUGCGUCCGCCCCUCUCCCGACGGCCACUUUCUCGCUUGCUGCACAGGCGGCACGAGCCUCUGCGUUCUAGAUGCUGUAGGCGUCACAGACCCCGCUCGACGCCUUCCGUUUGCCGGCGAUGGAGCAUCUGUUGUUUCUGUUCUGCUACCCCAUGACCACCCGCCACCAGCUCAGCCCCCGCUUUUUUCGCCGUCGGCGGCGUUGUCUCCUUCCUCCCGCGCGGAACUGCGCGCAAGCCCGCAGCAUCCGUCAAACGAGCCUGUUCCCGGGCGGGGCUUUGUGUCUGCUGAGGCCGCGCGGCACGAUGCGCCGACCAAUGAAGUUUUUCGGAUGCUAAGGCUCGCCUCCGACGACCCAGAAAACCGCAGGUUCCGCUGCUUCACGUGGAGUCCGCCUCUUCUCCGGCGUUUUGACCUGCGGGCUGGCAGAGUCGUCUCGCUUGACCUGGGCGCGAGCCUCUUGUGCGCUGCAACGCGUGAUGGGAGUGUCGCACUUUGGGGCGUCCCCUGCAGGCGCCGCCCCCUCCAGCAGCGCCUAUCGCUGCUUUGCGACCUCUCUCGAGUAUGGGAGGCAGCAUUCAGCUCGGGGGGAGGCGGCACGAGAGCCGCUGAGCGACGUGGGAGCGCUGGGGGGCGAGCUGCCGGUACGCGCACUGAGGCCAGACGCGGAGACGAGGCGUCUCCGCCGCUGUGCCACUGGUGGGUGUCGUGCAAUAGUGUUUCCGACGGCCAUCAGGGCUGCAGAGAGGCGAAGGCCGCGUCAGAGCGUAGCGCGCGGAGGGCGACUCCGAAUCGAGAGUCCAGAUCCUUACCCGCAGGCGAGACCGACUCCAGGCCGGAAGCCGACCCGGUUCCAACACCCUUGCCCUCGCUCACGAGUGUCGCGGGCGAAACUGCUGCGGGAGUGCAGAGCGAAGGCUCGGCGCGUCGCCGCAGUCGCGGAGCGAGGUUUAAAGAAGGCGGAGUCGUCGGGCUGGCGGCUUGCAGCGGCGACGAGUGCAUUCGCUCGCUGCGAGAUCCUCUUGUUGCCUUCACCCCAAAUGCUGCCAGCUUGCUUUUUCUGCGGCGGCCCAGUGAGGUCACGGCGCGAGCAACCGCAUCCGGAAAUGCGGAGAGAGUGGAGCCGACAGCUUCCCAAGGUCUUUCGCGGGCGUCGUGCGGGAGUCAGGAUCCCGCAUGCGGCGCGGGCCCUGCCGCGCCGUCUGGACGAAGAAGCGCCGAGGGGCUCGUCGUGUCGAGGCGCCUGGAAAGCGCAUUUUCCGAAGAAGACGAUGCGCAGCAGGAUGUGGCGACAGCGCGCGUCUGUCUGUGCGCUGUCGCGGGCGCGCACGCCAUUUCUAUCUUCUGGGUCUCCAACACAUCAAGCGUGCGGCGGCGCUCCAGCUAUCAGGACACAGAUGCGGACCGCGAGCCUGCAGCAGACAGCUCCGGCCGCGCGGGCAGCGGCCGGCGAGCAGGCCUGCAGAUGGAGGUGCCCAGUAAAAGACGCCGCACCAGUCUGGAUGAGCCAACUGCCCCGGCACUCGCUGCUGACAGAACGCUCCGUGCCGCUGAGACAGGCGAUGUGUGCGUGCAGCCGGCGGUCGAGGCUGCAGUCAACAGCUGCGCCGAAGGCGCGGGGAGAGUCCACGGAGAAGGGGAGGCUCCCACGUCCUCCUCGAGAGGCGCGAGGCGAGGCAGGAAGCCUCCGAGGCCGUUCGGUCGAGGGGGCUCCGCCGAGGGAGCUGCGGUGCCGCGCGGCGGUAGAAUGAGUCAGGCAAGUGACACCCUGGAGGAAGGCGAAGGUGCAGACAGGCAAGAAGCACCGGGCACGGCUUCGACACCGGGAGGCGGAGAGCUGAAGGCCGGAGACUGCACUGCGUCAACAGGGAAAGGCAGAAAGCUAGAGUUCUCGUCCCGAGCGAAGCGAACGUCCAGAGUUUCAGGUCAGGGUGAUGAGGAAGAGGGACCUAGAUCCGACGCAGAUGCACCAGUCCUGCCACCGGCUCUAAGACCGAAUGGCCGUCCGGUGCGGACGUGCCGCAGCCGAAACCCAGUCCGCAUCAUAGACGAAAGCACCGAUGAGGAGAUGGGGGGGACCUCUGCUGAUGACGAAGGCGAAGCAAAAGGCAAUCAGAAGAAGGAGACAGCGCGGGCUCGCCCCAGCGAGGGAAUUCAGAAGGCGAAGGCGAAGGGCAGCUGCUCGAAAGGCCCGGGGAAGGGCGUAGAGGAGAAGUCGGGAAGAAAACGUAAGUGGAAGCCAGCAAGCAGCGACGAGGAUGACGACCUGUACCAGGCCGACAGCAGCCAGGAGUCGAGCAGCGAUGACGACGACCUCGUAGACGAAGAUGAGUCUGACAGCGGCAGUGCAGAGGAAGAGGACUCUGAGGAAGAAACUGGAGGCGAGCGAAAGCGCAAGAAAAGCAGUGGUAGGGCGCAGCAGAAGAAGCGGACUGCUAACGCAGGCCCAAAGGGCCGUCAAAAAGCCAACGGGGGGACUGGAGAGACGCGCCUGGCGGCGACGCCCCACGCACGCAAACCGCGCCCGUCGCGAAUGCUUGUCCUACCCUCUCAGCAUGACGAGCUACAUCGAGCACUGUCUGCUGGCUGCGGGGCAAGUUCGAAGAGUGGGACUGCGCCGGGAAGAGGAGAGGGAGACGCGAUUUCAGCCCCGGGACUUUCUGUCACCUUACUUCAAGUUCUCCUUCUGCCUGGAUCGUCCACGGAGGCAGAGGGGUUCUCCACUGGUUUCUGGCGGCCUUCCCGGCGCGAAAAGAUCAGCGACAUCGCCCUCACGCCUUUGGCUGUCGAGCAGGUGACACCGCAAACGCGCGAAAAGCCAGGCGAACGCUCCAGGGACCUGAGAGAGAGAAAAGAAGCUGCUGGAGAGGCAGACAAACGAGGCGAGCCUGAGCGCGCUGAGAGAGCUCUCCAGUUCCAAGUUCUAGUCACGACCUGCAAUGGAUCGCUCCUGGCCUUCCCGUGUCGGUACCUCGUGCGUUGGCGCGAAUCUGCUGAGGACGGGUCGCGCGCAGGGCUGCCCCACCUAGAAGUUUUGCGUUGCGACGCUGCCACACCCCAGCUCUUGCUUCCAGGCGUCGGAUUGCCCGCUACCGACCUCACGGUGCAGGCCUUCCUGCCAUUCUUCGGUCUUCAACCGCCGCCUGGUGCCGAGGCGUCAGCGCCCGCGUCAGGGGCGCGCACUCCGGGGGCUCACGUGCUGGAGCCAAGCGGAGGUGCUGCUGAGGCCGAGCGACGGCCUGACCAAGACGCGGUCAGACAGAAGAAGUCACUUUCUGACACAAACUCGCAAGCGACUUCCUGGCUCUGGGCGGUGUGUGCCUGCGGAGAACUCCUUCGGGCAGUGGUUUUCGACGGCUGCUGUUGGACCUCGGCUCCGCUUGAUGGAAGCCCAGCCGAAGCGGGCCCCUGGAGAGGCGCUGCCGAGUCUGCCCCCGCUGUUGCCUCCUUCGCGGCGCUCGUGCCUCUGGACCACGUACCUCCUGGUGCGUGGGACGCUUUCGCGCCGUUCCUUCCGCCCCUCGCGGGGAGAGCUGAAUCACUGCAACGCGCGAGAGAAGACGCUUGGCUUCCGCAAGCGGCUCUGCUCGCAGUCGACCCCUUCGGCGCUCUCGUCCCCUACGUUUUGAGCUCCAGCGCGGACCUGCGCUCCCUCCCUUCGGCACAGCCACAGCCGCCAAACAGCUCGUCACUCUGUGAAGAGAGGCGGUGGACGCUGCGUCGCCUCGGGCAUUCCGCGGCUUGUGGCAGCGCCUGCGACGCUGCAGAGGAGGGCUCGCUGAUGCGUCCGUUGGCGUGUGGGACCAGACUGGGAGGUUGCUGUCAAAAUCUCGUCGCCUGGCACAACAGGCCUACCCACUCGAAUGGAGUACGCUGCGGCGCUGAAAGAAGCUCCGCCGCCUCAAACGCGGACGUUCGGAGCAUGGCUAGAUCAUCCGACCAGUGCUCAGCUGUCACGGCUGUGUAUGUUGCGGCGGCCCGUGGAGCAGGCUUCCGCGUAUUCGGUGCUGACGGCACAAGUGAUAGCGAGGAGGCUCGGAGGCAGACAGGCGGUGUAGGUGGUUCAAUGCAAGACAAGCAGCGCAGGCUCCACAAAAUGAGUAGCCUGGCCUGCAGUGACGCAAAUGGAAAAUCCUGCGCUGAAGGGUCCCGGACCUCUUUGCCUGAUGAACCCACGAGUCUGGGCGUCCUGUUGAGCGAACUGCGAGGCCGCUCCGCUCACCAACUCCAAGUGAUGCAGCAGCUCGGCAAGUUGAGGCCUCGCAGCAUGCAACAGAGACAUAAUCAGCAGCAGACCAGGGGCGGCAGGCCAACUCGCGGCGGCAGCACCCUUCUUGGGCUGGCGAGUUCGUCGUCAGGGACUCUUUUAUUCUCUCUCACGCUGCAUCAGCAAGUCUACGUGCACUUAGCUGUCGCACCUGUCGCCGCGUCUGUUGUCGAGCUCCUCCUGCUGGCUUGGCACCGGCGCUCUCGCCAAGUUCUAGCCGCAAUGCGUGACCUCGUUUCUCAGGCCCGCCCUGAGCGCCCACGCGGUUCCCCGGCUUCAGGCGGUGAAUAUCCCCAUGGGGGGGAGCAGGGUAGCGGCGCGGAGGCGGCGAGGGGGCCGCUGCAGACUGAGGAGGCGCAGAAGAGGGGCGGCGACCGUCAGGAAGAGUCAGGCUGUGACGGCCGUGACAAAGGUUGCUCCGUCGUGCCCCUGGCGCCAGCUCCCUCCAGUCCUCACGUAGUACCGACUCUGCGGCUGCCGCUGGCCUUAGCGCGAACAGCGCUUGAGGCCGCUGACGCCACGUCUCUGUGGGACAUAGGUUUGUUCCUUUGGGGUGCCAUCCGUCCGGCCUCCAGCGCUUCGCAUUCGCCUUCGCGUGCCGCCCGCGCGGCAGGAACGCACGAGAACGGCCCUCGCCGGCGAAGCGCCCGCUCGAGCUCAGCGCUAUCCUGGGAUGAAGCUGAGCUAGAGGAGGGGGGGUUGUCUGGUGACUCCCUGGAAGACCACGGAAGUGGCUUCGUAGUAAGCGACGACGACAAAUGUGCAGGGCGCUCGGAUGCAAGUGCGAGCUGCCGGCCGGGUGCUGGCGCGCUGGCAGAAUCCCGUCAUGGGGGUUUGGAAGAGAACGAUGAGCCACAGAUAGGAGAAAGAGAACGAGCGAACGGACUCCACCCUCCUACGAAGCUGCCAGGGGAGCCCAAAGAAUGUUGGAGUCGUAGCAAAAUGCAGCUGCUGAUCGCACAACGGGACUCACUGCUGCGUGUAUGGGAAGACGGGCUGCGGUCGUUUGAAGUGCCUGUGAAACCAGAGGAUGUCCCCUCCCUAGCGAAUGACUUGAUGGGCGUGUCUCUUCUGAGAGCUCUUUCUGAGGGCAACUGCUUUGGAUCUCGUUUUUUCGCGCACGCUGACGUGGACAGAGGAUCUUCCGGAGAGUGCAGUGGGCAGCGCAGACUUGUUUCAGAACAACGCGGGAAUGCAGAGCGUAAACCAGCGCGUACAGACGACGGCGGAGACAGAGGUCUCAGCGGAUCUGGCACUACGGCAUACUCGCUGGCGGAACUGCAGGGAAGCCUGCGGGAAUCUGCUGAGACCCCACAGGCUGAUUUGAGGCGCCAGUUGCUUCUCGGUUUGCUGCUUUUUUCGUUGGACGCCGCCUCGGGCAGAUUCGGCUUCCAGCAGCGGCUUAGCACGGAAAUUGGACGUACUGGUUGCGAGGCGCUGGCGUCUGGGAGCUUGGAGGCCUCCCGAGUUUCUGGGCCUUUAUGUUGUUUACUUCUUCAUCUGCGGCAAGGAGUCGAUUGGGCCCCCAUCUGUGACUCGUCAGUCCUGGCAUGCUUUUCGCAGGACCAAGGCAGUGUCAAUAAGGGAACUUGCCAGAGACGGCCAUGCGACAGGAGGAGUGCUGAAGUAGGGCCGCAGGGUCUUGGCUCAUGGGAGACUGCUGGGAGUUCAGAUUGGGUGCACGCUGAUGCGAACGGCGCUGGCGAAACGCAGCAGCAGCACAAGAGGUACAUCGCUCAAGGGAACUGUUUUGGCAUGUUAUGGCAUUGGGAAAGAGUUAAAGCUAUUGCCGCGACGGUGUUUCUCUCCUUGUCUUCUGGCCGUGGUGAAGCAUCCAGCCAACCCGCAAGCCCCGGAGACACGUCCGCAGCUUCAGCCCCUUCGCACGCCGGUUCUCUGGCGCUGUCGUUUGAGGAGGAGGCGGGCAUAGCGGCGGCCAAAAACAUGAUUUGUCUUCAGUCUCUGGUCGCCGUUCUUUCGUUGAGCCAGCAGCCAACGGUCACAAGCAGUCCAGUUUUACCUCGUGGAGCAGACUGGAGCCGACGGCGCCGCGAGCACGCCAAGCAUGCGCCUUCUAGAAGAUCCGAGUUAGCAGAGGUGGACUACUGCCAUCGCGUAGCUACGGGGGCAGGGCCGGUCUCUGAAACAGGCGUCUGCAUAUCGGGUGGGAGUCCUCCAACGUGCAGUGGCAGCAUCGGAGGAGUCGAGGGCCCGGACAAAACUCUGCAUGGUCCUGUCGACCCGUGGAUUGAACUCGAGGCACAGCUGAAGUCCAUUUGGGGUCUUGGCAGCCUGCUGAAGGGCCCCACCGGCCCAGAUGUUCACGGCGACGAGCCGCUUUCCAGCAAGGUGCUGGCAAGAUCGUCCACUCGGCAGCCGCACCCGUUUGGUGUUGUGAUAUAUCCCGGUCUUCCUUCAGUCCUCUCACUUCCGCACUUGGAGCAGAAGCUGUCUUCUAGUCCUUUCUUGCCUUCGGACGACACAAAUGGGGUCGCUACGGUGCCGAGGGGAGCAAACGACGGCGUACGACGUUUCCACGGCGUCGGUGAUGGUCUGGCGAUAGCGUGUCUGUCCACCCACACCUCGGCGGAGGUGGCAUACGGCAAUUCUUUCGUUGAAGGACGCGGGUCCGUUGUUGGCAUAUAUUCCUGCAUUACAUGCGGGUCGCGAGCCGAGGUCGCCCUGUCUGGGCGAGGAAAUUCGAUAAGUAGAAGGGCCGAGUCCGAAUCGCCGAUCGCUGGGGAGGCGAGGCUGCACGAUGGGAGCCAGGUCGGAUGGUGGUCCAGUGCGUGUCAGCUACUGACAACGCCGUUCAGAGGAAUUUCCACAUUUGGCGGUGAAGAACGGGGAAACCACCGAAGCAUAUGCCUUCAGCUAGGUUCUAUCCUUGGUGGUGGCGGCGCAAGCCUCAGGUGCCCCCUGUGUCGGGGAGACCUGCGGCGGGCUGACUAA